GGGGUGUCCAUUUUAGCGAGAGUCCAUUGUAGUGAGAGUCCAUUAUAUAGAGUUUUUCCUAAUUUUUUAGUUAAUCGUUUCCCUCUCGGCAGAGGCUAUGUCUCAACACUUUGUGGAGGAUAUUUAUGGCACUCGUUCUUGGGAAUCGAGAAGAAUUGGCGAAUCAGCCUCUUCAAUUUCCCAAAAUAGAAUAAGAGCCCAUGGGCCUGGAGUGGUUUGCACAAUAAUGAAAGAAGCGACCACAAUUUCACAUUUUCUAAACGAACUUGGCGUUCCUUAUCUAGUAAAUAAUGAUAGGGAAUUUAUUGCUUUUGAUAACAGUCGUUCUAUACAAAUUAAGACUGUUUGGUUGUCCCUUCAAAACAUUGCUGGAAUUGCCCUUCACGGUCUUGAGCAUGACAAUAUUGCUGGGGAGUGUCCUGAAGGGGAACCGUUUCAUUUGCUUAGAACAAUUGCUCAAAGCCAGACGUGUUACAAUUGCGAUGUUUCUUCUGUAAAAACAAACAAUAAAAAUACAACUAAAGAAAAUCAGAAUCCUUCUUCUCCUGAAUUACUAGAAAAUUCUGAUGACGAAGAAGGCGAAUUAACUGAAGAGGAGAAAGAUUUAAAAGCAAAGAAAAUAGCAAACGACCAAGCUUUGCGUUGUCAACAAUUUAAUGAAUUUACAACUAAUUUUACGGUGUUUUGUUCUCUUUCUUUGGAUAAUGUUGAAAUUGAUAUGUUAGCCAAACUUCCAUUGAAACAAUGCAAUGUAUUUUUAAUUAAUAAUUUGGCAAAAUUAGAUGAACAUGGAAAAACUGUUGAAAAUGAGGAAAAUAAAGAAAAAUUGGAGAAAAUUGUUUCAAUAGCUAAUAAAAAAGAAAAAAUUAAUUUGUGGGGAGAAGUUGGGUGUGAUAUGAGUCAAACCCAGUGGGAACGGAUAAUUAAUGUAGCUGCGCUAAACAAGCUUAUGACUACCUACCAAUUGUCUGGGUUACUUUUGGACUGCGACAAUUACAUGCGCCCCCCUCUCCGCAGAGAUUUUAGCCAAUUUUUAAACGAAUUAAAUUCUGAACUAUUUGAAAAGGAGAACGAAAAGGAAAAUGAGAAGAAUGUAGUGGAUGAGUUGAUGGAUUGUAUGCCUAGAUUGGCUUUAAAAAUUCAACUCUCUCGUAAAAAUAUUAGUGAGGUUUAUGAGCCUGAACAAUUAAACAAAUUGCUAAAGUUUAUUUUGCUCCCUUCAAGUAUUGCACUUUCCAAGGCUAAAGCUAAAAGUGCGACAAUUUUAACACUUGAACAAGCCAAAAUAAAAUCCAACUUGAUUAUACUCGAAUUACCCACUUUUGCAAUUUUGCAAAAGCGUGAGGAGGAAAAAGCAGAGCCUUUAAUUGUUUGCCAAUUCAUUAGAAAACCGGGUGUUCAACACCACACAAGAUACGAUGCUGUUACGUCGUAUUGGAAGACUGGUGAAGAGUGGUUGAGUGGGGAAAAUGAACAAACUAUUAAAUAUAAGGUCCAAUACGCCUUACAGCGCCGUCUUGGGGGCGUCCUUUUAAAAUCGCUGGAGUCUGACGACCCCGAAGAUUUCUGUAAAAAUGGAGGAUAUGGGUUACUUAAUACUGUGCAUACGGCUAGAUGUGGAGUUUGA